CUCAACAUGUUUCAUUAUUUAUACAGCUUGAUUUUAACAUAUUUAAAGCUGAUUCAGAGGAGUUGAGUAUAGAUAGCCGAAUAUAGAUAUUAAAAUAAGGCAGUAAAUAAUAAUGUUGUUAAGAUGAAAAUUAAAUUAAUAUUAACUAUUAUUGUUUUGACAAUUGUAAAUGGUUUUGACGUACCUUCAAGUUCGGGAGACAUAGGUGAUGGUGAAUACUUUGAAUCUUGCGCGAAGUGGACUAUAUGCACAUUAGAGGAUAAAGACGCCUAUAACGAGUUAAAUGAAUGCAAAUAUCUGAUACCUAUUGAGAAAUUAACGAAGAUGCUGAAAAUUAUGGGAGAUAGCGUCAAAAGAGAAUGGUCUGACUUAGAAACAGCAUAUAAUGACUACUGCGGCAUGGAUGAAGAUAAGCAGAAUGAAUUUUUUACCGAUCUUGUACAGUUCAUAGUAGAGGAAUACUCAUCAACGUGUGCUGAUUUUAUGCAAGCUGUAACAUGCAAAAAAAUGACAGACAUGAAUGACUGUCUUAUACUAAUAUUAAGCAGACUUCAUGGAGAAGGGAAAUGCUGAAAAAUCAAAUACUAACAUCGAAUUAAAAUGUAGCUCAAUAAGGAAACAUUGAACUUCAACAGUUCGACCAUUAAAGUAUUUAACAAAUGAUUACUUAUAAAUAAAUAAAUAAAUAAAUAGAAAGCAUUCUUAAUAAAUUUAAACAGUAAAUG